AUGAAUUUAGAUAAUGAUAAAGAACUCAAUGAUCUCCUUGAUCUCAAUGCGGUAAAACAUCAAGCGCGUUUUUCAAAUAGUGCUAUCAGUACACCAUCAUCAUUAUCUCGACUUCCUCUUCCGAUGUUGUGUUCAACAGCUGCUUAUCGAACUGGAACUCAUGUUCCACCACCUUCAAUAAAUACUGAAUCAAUCUAUACAACAAAUAGUACUAGUUCAACUAAAAAUUAUUGGACAUCAUCAACAACAUAUGACGAACCGAUUUAUGAUGGGAAUUAUAGUAAUCGUGAUAUUCUUCAUCCAUUUAUAACAUCAGAACCAUUGAAUCAAUCUAAUGAAUUUUCUUCAUCAAACUCAACAUCCCGUACAUCAACCAAUGAUUUGACAUAUUCCGAAAAACUUAAUGAGAAAACACGUCGAUCGACAAAUGUUUAUACUUCGGAGGAUUAUAAUCCAGAAAAUCCUGGUCGAUAUCCAACAGGAAAAUCAGUCUAUGGAAAUGAAUCCGCUUAUUAUGUUGACAGUCAAAAUGGUAAUCCAUGGUUAGGACCAACAUCAAAUUAUAUACCGAAUGACCUUCCUAAUAAUCAUGGUACAUAUGAUGCCAAUGGAACAUGUUUACCAUCGAUGGCAAGUUUUCGACCUCAACAACCAACAACAUAUACGAGUAAUGGCAAUGAUCAAACAGUACAAACUGGAGAAACACUCGGCAAAGCAUUACAAUCAAUUUAUCCUAGCGAACAUCCCUAUUCUUCAACAUCAUCAACACCUGUUGAAUCACCACCAGUAAAUGGAUCUAGUCAAGCAUGGAUAAAUGCAACGCAAACAUAUCAUCAUCUUCCCCCAAGAUUAGAUGUUGAUGAUUCUUUUCGACAAACUGAUUAUCAUCAUUAUUAUACUGGUUAUCAUCAUCCACAUUCCACUGGAGCAUAUUCAGCAUUUUUAAAUCAUCCAACAACAUCGGAUACAUCAACACGAAAUCGACUUCAUGAUCCCUAUUUACCAUAUGGUAACCCUCCAUCUGCAUCGUCAUCGACAUCAUCAAAUGAUGCUAAUAUAACAUCAUUAAAUUCUGAUUUAAAACUUGAAUCUCUUGAUAAAGUUAAAAAUGAUGUUGAGAAUAAAUCACCAUCAACAACAAAUGGUACAUCACAAUUAACAACAGAAAAAUUAAAUGAAUUCAAUCUUCGACAUGAAAUAACACAAGAGAAUGCAACACCAUUAACAAUUGCAGUUGGGGAUCCAAAUGGAACACAUAUUGGUCCAACAUCAUCCUCAUCAUCAACAAAAUUACGAAAUUCAUUAACAUUAAGUCCAAAUAGUCAUAUAAAUUUAUCAUAUAUGCGUGGUGGACCAGCAUCAGAAGGUAGUAUUAUUGAUCCUGAUGAAACACCUGAAGAACGUGAACGACGAGAAAAAGAUCGAAGAGCAGCAAAUAAUGCACGAGAAAGAUUACGUGUAAGAGAUAUAAAUGAUGCAUUUAAAGAACUCGGUCGUAUGUGUUCAAUUCAUAUGCGAAAUGAUAAGCCAGUUACUAAACUAGGCGUACUUCAACAAGCAGUUAAUUUAAUAACAUCACUUGAACAACAAGUUCGAGAACGCAAUUUAAAUCCAAAAGCUGCAUGUUUACGUCGACGUGCUGAAGAAAAAUCUGAAGAUCACAAUGGAAAUAUGAAUUUAAUGACAUCACAAGGUUCAAUGUUGUUACCCACUGAAUCUUCAUCCAUUGAUGGACCUAGUUUUAUGGAACAAAUGCAUCAAUCAAUACCACCAUCUUAUUGGCAACAAUGA